GUCCCUUUUCUUCCUCACAAGAUUCUAGGGUUUCUCUUUCUCCACCGACGGGACCGUCCCUCUCUUCCUCUCUACACACAGUUCUUCUCUAUUUUUUUUUACCGGCGGUUCUUGUUUUCUGAUUAAUUUCCUUUCUUAUACAAAGCUACAUUCUUUUAUACUCAUAUGGGUGAAAAAGAUUCAGAAGGCACUGAAAGUGCCACAACAUCGGAGGAUGUUGAAAAUUCUGAUAAAGGCGAAAAAUUGAAGGGUUUAGCGGACAAUUCAAGCAAAAAGAUAUGUGGUUUUGAUUCAAGUUUUGAUAUUUCUGGGAAAAUUUUGGAUUUUCCAUUAUUGGAAGGUGUUGAAGAGGGUGGUGGUGGGGAGGUUGAGGGUUUGUACAUGUACAAGAAUGUAUUUAAUUUGAUUCCUAAGUCAAUUGGUGCACUUGGGAAAGUUAAGAUACUUAAAUUCUUUGGGAAUGAGGUUAAUUUGUUCCCAAUUGGAGAGUUGAGGAACUUAGUUGAAUUGGAGAGCUUGCAAGUGAAGGUGUCAUUGCCUGGGAUGAGUGGAUUGGAUUUGAAUAAGCUGAAGUGUUUGAAAGAAUUGGAGCUUUGUAAAGUUCCUUCUAGACCUUCAGCUUUCCCUCUUUUAAGAGAUAUUACUGGUCUUAAACGUCUUACUAAGCUCUCUGUCUGUCAUUUUUCUAUCAGAUACCUGCCUCCAGAAAUUGGCUGUCUCAGUAAUUUGGAGUACCUAGAUCUUUCAUUCAAUAAGAUGAGGAAUUUACCUGUUGAGAUAACUCAUCUGAACUCAUUACUGUCACUGAAAGUUGCUAAUAAUAAAUUGAUUGAAGUACCUCCGGGGCUGUCUUCUCUGCAAAGAUUAGAGAAUUUGGACUUUUCUAACAAUAGAUUGACGUCGUUGGAGAAUCUUGAUCUCCUUUCAAUGUAUAAUCUGCAGAGACUCAAUCUUCAGCACAAUAAGCUUUUUAGGUGUUGUUCUAUUCCUACAUGGGUAUGCUGCAAUUUGGAGGGGAAUUGCAUAGAUUUGUCCAGUUCAUCGUCUGAAAUGGAUGUGCUUGAAGAUUAUGAUCAGGAAACCUCUGAGAAUUCGCAAAAUGGAGCUUCUAUCACAUCGUCGGGUCAUUUAUGUGGCUCAUCACCCAUUCAUCGAUGUUUUCGGCCUCGAAAAUCCAAGAGAUGGAAGCGACAGCAUUAUUUGCAACAGAGAGCUCGUCAAGAACGACUAAAUAACAGCAGAAAAUGCGUCGCCUGCAAACAUUCUGUGCUAGUUGAUGAAUCUCUGGUGGAAGGCCCGUCAAACAUAGUGGAUGACGAUGCUGAUGAUAAAGAACUCUUGACUGAAGAGGCUGAGUGCAAAGACUCUGUAGCUAAUGUUGUUGAUGAAGAUAGCAGAAAGGAGGAGCAUUAUGUUGACAGAUGUUCAUGUGUUCCUGACUCCAUUGGGACAAGCAUAGAUAGUCAUAGUAGCUGUAAAAAAUGUGAUGCUUCAGUAGGUUCUCUUUCUCAUGCUGCUGAUGUUGUCGAGGAAAGCUCGUCUCCCGAGGUGUCUAAUAUUCCUCCAAAAUCGAAAAGGCACCUCGAUGGGGUCAUUGAUAAUCCAAAACCAUGCAAAACCCGCAGACCAACAGAUGAUUCAGAUUUAUCCUGCAAAUACAGCAUGAUAUCUUUCUGCGGUAUUAAUGAUUAUUUACCGGAUGGCUUUUAUGAUGCCGGACGAGAUCGGCCAUUUAUGUCGCUUAGGAGUUAUGAGCAGAAUUUGCAUCUUGAUUCGCGGGAAGUCAUUUUAGUUGACAGGCAAAGAGAUGAAAUGCUGGAUGCCAUUGCUCUACGUGCUCAAGCACUGAUCCUUCAUUUUAAGCAGAUAAAUGGUUUGUUCAGAGAUAGAGAACAUGUUGCUAUAGACAACUUGCAAAUUGCAUCAUUGCUUGCACUUUUAGUGUCGGAUCAUUUUGGUGGAAGCGAUAGAAGUACUAUUGUUCAGAGGGCAAGGAAAACAGUAUCUGGGUCGAACUACAGCAAGCCUUUUGUCUGCACAUGCCCUACCGGAAAUGAUGACACUACCAGCAUAGUCACAAAAGACAGUCCUAGCGGCUUAGGAGAUAUACUUUUCCUUGAUCUUUGUGAGAAAGCACUUCGCUCCAUAAAAUCAAGGCAAAAUUCUAUUGUUGUUCCUAUUGGUAGUUUGCAGUUUGGUAUAUGUAGGCAUAGGGCCUUGCUUAUGAAGUACCUGUGUGACCGAAUAGAACCUCAUAUAUCUUGUGAGCUUGUUAGGGGUUAUUUGGAUUUUUCGCCACAUGCAUGGAACGUGAUUGUGGUAAAGAGGGGUGAAUUAUGGGUUCGAAUGAUAGUGGAUGCGUGCCGUCCCCUUGAUAUCAGAGAAGAGACAGAUCCGGAAUAUUUUUGCAGGUAUGUGCCAUUGAGCCGGAUAAAUGUUCCUGUUGUGCCAGAUGGUAUUCCUGGUCAAGUUAGUUCUUAUCCUUCUCUAUCCGGUUCUGAUGAAAUCGAUAAAGCUCCUUCCUCAACCCUCGUCCAGUGUAAAUUCGGAUCGCUUGAGACUGUGGCAAAGGUGCGGACUUUAGAGGUAUCCAGGUCCUCCGCGGAUGAGAUUAAGAAUUUUGAGUUUAAAUGCAUUGGAGAAGUUAGGGUGUUGGGUGUCUUAAACAGUUCAUGCAUUGUCAAAUAUUAUGGUCAUCAAAUAUCUUCAAGAUGGGCUCCUUCAUCAGAUAGCAGUUCAGAAUGCCGUACUUUGCAGUCUGCUAUUUUCAUGGAGCACAUAAAAGGGGGUUCACUAAAGAAAUAUGUUGAUAAGCUAUCUAAUGCUGGUGAGAAGCGUCUUCCAGUGGAGCUGUCGGUAUUUAUUGCUCGAGAUGUGGCAAGUGCAUUGACAGAGCUGCAUUCUAGGCAUAUCAUACAUCGUGAUAUAAAAAGUGAAAACAUCCUAAUAGAUGUGGAUAAGAAGAGAGCUGACGGUACCCCUACAGUAAAGCUAUGUGACUUUGAUAUGGCAAUUCCCCUUCGUUCUUACUUACAUACUUGCUGCAUUGCCCAUGCUGGAAUUCCUCCACCAGAUGUUUGUGUUGGUACACCGCGUUGGAUGGCUCCUGAGGUGUUUCAGGCUAUGAAUAAGUGCAACAUCUAUGGUUUGGUAAGUUUCUCGUGCAGUGCUUUUGCACCUCAGAUAACAAGAAUUUAAUACACCUUUCCUGGCAUCUCUUGUUUCUUGUUUCAUGACUUCUGCAUGCUUUCCUUUCUUUUCUCUUUAUCUUGAUAUAAAAUUAAUUUGCAAAUGCAAUUGGCACUUUUUUUUUACUCUUUCCCUUCUUUUGUUUGGGCUAAUCUUCUUUGUCAAAUUCUUGAGAUAGAUUCUAGUCUUUCCUUUCUCCAAAGCUACCUACUUUGUCUUGGGAAUGACACCUUGCAAUCACCAUCCUUGAAUUUAGAAUCCUAAUCUUUGAAUUCUCUAGUACCGACGACCAACUUUCUGCCACUUUGUGCACCGAUUUGCUAAAAGAUGACUAAUUGUUUUUCUUGUUUUACUGAUUUCCACCCUUGGUUGAAACCAUUCAACACCGCCAAGAACCUAUCACCUCUAAAAGGAUAUGCAUUUGUCUGCUAAGAACUGAUAUAUCACUCAUUCCUCUAUCAAAAUUCAGCUCUUUGACCUCCGUCUUCUAAGCAUUUAAUUUCUGUGCUCAAUCUCAUGCUUCCUUGAGAAAUUAACAUAUCUUUUUUUAAAGCAAAAGAGGACGUAUUCUGUCUGCUCUCUUGUUGCACUGCUAAGAUUGAAGAGUAAUGAUUAUGUAUUCAUCAACACAUUCAAAUUUCCCCCUGAAUUUCUUGGUUUCCUUGACUCAUCUAGCCACUUUUUGAUACUUCAAUUUAAUUUGGAGAUGGAGGAUAGUUUUGUUUGUUUUUUGAGAUAUUAUAGCAUCAGAGCAUCUCAGAAGAUGUAUCCUGUGUCAAAAGGGGAGAGAGAUUCUGAGGGUUGGAUAUUUUCUCUUCUCUUGCUCUUGAAAUUGUAAAGGUCAUCAAGUCUGGGUUAGACGGGUUACUUGGAAAAUAAAAAGGUUCUAGCUUUGACUUCUAACUUACCUGUUUUCAGUAGGUAUUGUUGGAUAGUUAUGAGGCCCUAGGAUA